AAUUUUUUUUAUAUAUAUCCUCCUUCUUUUUCUCUCUUUAAUUCUCCUUCCUCCCAGUAUAAAUUCCCUUAUAUUCUCUUUCAUUUAAUUUCAAGGAAAAAGCCUUUGUAUCCGUAACUUUCUUGUCUCAGUUUCUUCUUCUCUCUGGUUUUUGUUUUACUCUGCUCUAUUAUUUUUUCCAGUUUGAUUGGAUUGAUCAUGUCGAAGAACAUUCUGGUGACCGGUGGAGCCGGUUAUAUUGGGAGUCACACGGUGUUGCAGUUGCUGUUAGGCGGUUACAAAGCGGUGGUCGUUGAUAAUCUGGAUAAUUCCUCCGUUGUUGCUAUCAAAAGAGUCCAAGAACUCGCCGCUGAAUUCGGCAAAAACCUUUCCUUUCACCAGGUGGACCUUCGGGAUAGGACAGCAAUAGAAAAACUUUUUGCUGCCACAAAGUUUGAUGCUGUGAUUCACUUUGCUGGACUAAAAGCAGUUGGUGAAAGUGUACAGAAACCUUUGCUCUAUUAUGACAACAAUCUCAUUGGGACAAUCACGCUGUUGGAAGUGAUGUCUGCACAUGGAUGUAAAAAUCUUGUAUUUUCGUCAUCUGCUACUGUUUAUGGCUGGCCAAAGGAGGUUCCAUGUACAGAAGAGUUCCCCCUGGCUGCAGUGAAUCCAUAUGGACGAACCAAGCUUUUCAUAGAAGAGAUCUGUCGUGAUGUCUAUGGUUCUGAUUCUGAAUGGAAGAUCAUACUUCUAAGAUAUUUUAAUCCAGUUGGUGCACAUCCUAGUGGCUACAUAGGUGAGGAUCCUCGUGGUAUUCCAAACAAUCUCAUGCCUUUUGUGCAACAAGUUGCUGUUGGGAGGCGACCGGCACUGACAGUGUUUGGAAAUGAUUAUUCAACCAAGGAUGGUACUGGGGUACGUGAUUACAUCCAUGUUGUUGAUUUAGCUGACGGCCACAUUGCUGCACUACGUAAAUUAUCUGAUCCUAAUAUAGGCUGUGAGGUCUACAACUUAGGAACAGGAAAGGGCACAUCAGUUUUGGAGAUGGUUGCUGCAUUCGAAAAGGCAUCCGGGAAGAAAAUUCCUCUUGUAAUGGCUGGACGUCGACCUGGUGAUGCCGAAAUUGUGUAUGCAUCAACGGAAAAGGCAGAGCGUGAAUUGAAUUGGAAGGCAAAAUACGGCAUCGAGGAGAUGUGCAGGGAUCAGUGGAACUGGGCCAGCAAGAACCCAUAUGGAUAUGGAUCUCCCGAAUCAAACUAGCAGAGUGCCAAGACAAUGUUAUACCACACCAUUCUUAUCAACACUUUUCAGAGAUUCGAUUUUCCUAACUUCUAUUAUGCACAGAUUUUAGGCGAUUAUUAUGAUUUAGGAAUUAAAAUAAGAGGAGAAUAAAGGGCAGAUUGUGUAGGCUUUGCUUCGAUUGCCCUCAUUUGCUAGUAGUUUCCUCUGUGGCUGUUAUCAAAAGGAGUCAAUUGUUUUGUUACCCUGUAUGAACUACAAUUAUUUUAAUGGCAAAUGUCCUCUUUGUCCUC